AUGGAAGCAACAUUUCCCGAAACUAUGCUUUGGGAAAUAAUGAUGAGAAGAAACAAUCUAUGGGAAAUGCAGAAGUACAGUGAUAUCGUAUGCUAUACAACAUUGAUCUGUGACUACGGUCUUUUGUGUCUCGAUUGGCGAGAUAUUUGUGAUGGCGUGCAACAAUGUAUGUUCGGUUAUGAUGAAGAAAAUUGCGAUACACUUGAAUUUAAUGAAUGUGAAGAUGAUGAAUAUCGAUGUAUGAAUGGAAUAUGUAUUCCUGAGGAAUAUUUUCUUGAUGGAACAUAUGAUUGCUUAGAUUUAACAGAUGAAAAAGAACAAUUUAAUGAUACGAAAUGUAUAUUUCAUCCCGUGAGUUAUGAAUGUGAUGAUCGAAUAUGUCUUCGAUCUUACUGGUCGUGUGGUGAUGGACAGUGUGUACAACAUGAACGUGACAUCUUUCCUUAUGUGGAAUGCAAGAGUUUUCGUGAAUAUUAUCAUAUGUGUGAACUAUUCGAUGACCAAAGUCUAUGGACGUUACCUAAUGGGAAAUGUUAUGAAUCUUCUGAUCAAGUUAAUCCAUCUAUACCAUACUACUGUAACCGUGGUGUAGGUGUUUACUUGUACAAUGGACAGAUUGCGUGUUUUUGUCCACCACAGUAUUACGGUGAUAAAUGUCAAUUUCAUAAUGAUCGACUCAUUUUUCAAUUUUAUCUCAAUCUAUCUCAAUCAAUCUAUGCACAAACAACUCAUUCGAACACGAUGCUUAAAUUAUUAGUUAUUUUUUUGAAUGAAAAUCAACCUCUAAUGACGGAAUCAUUUCAAAUACAACUCAAAGACGCAAUAAACUUUCCUCGAAAAAAUCUUAUUCAUUUGUUAUAUUCUCGAUCAAAUGUAUCAUUAUAUCAUAAGCGAACACGGUAUUUCAAUCGAUCGGAUAUUCUUAAUCAACACCCAUAUUCGGUGCGUAUCGAAGUUUAUGAACUAAGUUCGUUUGAAAAAGCUCGACUUGUAGCAGUAUGGUUGUAUCCUGUCCAUUUUGAUUUUCUUCCAUCAUUUCGUCUAGUCAAAGUACUUCAUCUGAUCAAACCAGAUACUACCACAAAUCCAUGUCAUAGUAAUCCUUGCAAUCCAUAUCAAGAAUGUCAUCAAAUUCUCAAUCAAAAUGCAACUUAUAUAUGUCUUUGUCGUCCUAAUUACAAAGGACAUAAUUGUUCUAUACUGGACAAAAUGUGUGAACAAGAUUUUUGUUCAUUUCAUCAACGUGUUGAUGUUCAUCUUCCUAACUUCUUACAUUACCUUUUUGGUGAACAAAUCACAACAAAACUUAUUGUUGUGAAAUUAUAUUCGAAUAUGCAAAGCAACAUAUAUUUAAUUUCAAUUCGAAUCGAUGGUGAAUCAAUCAAUGGAACAACAGAAGUGAGUGAAAAAACACAUUGUCCACAUGUUCAAACAUUAUUUCCAACGAAAGCAGACGAAUCAUAUUUAUGUAUUUGUGCUGAAAAUCAUAAUCGAACAGAAUGUUUUGGUUAUGAUCAUAGUCUUGAUCAAUGUUCUUCUUGUCUUGCUGGUGGUCUAUGUUUAAAAGAAGAUCACAUGCGAGCAAAAUUUUUGUGUCUAUGUCCACAAUGUUACUAUGGUAGUUCAUGUCAGUUUAAUAUCGAAGGUAUUAGUUUUACACUCGAUUUAUUGAUUAGUCAAGUCAAUCUUACUAUUCAAAUCAUUUUAGCAACGCUAUUAAUCGUUGGUAUAAUGCAUAUUCAUGAACUGAUCUUUUACAUGAAACUGACGGAUCAAAAUGAACGAACAUUAUGCGUUAUUGAUUUUCCUAUUCGAAUACGAACAUAUGAUCGUAUUACUGUUCUAUUUCAUUACUUGAUUCCAUUCUGUAUUCAAAUAUUGUCCAUAACAAUUUUACUCAUUUUGGCUGCACGAAAUCGUUCUCGUAUUGGUAACAGUCGUGAUACAUUUAUCGAAUAUCUGAAACGACAAUUUCGACGUCAAAAAGAAUUGUACAUUCCACCAUCUGUUAUUGUACUAAGUGGUUUACCACAAGUUAUUUUUUCGUUUAGUUUUGCAUGUCGUGAGCUAGUUACAUGGCAACAACAUGUGUUACUAAUCGCAUAUUUUCUAUCUUUUGCACCUCAAUUACUCGGUUUCAUCAUCUAUGUAUUACCAUCAACCAAUUAUAUGAAAGAGUUUCAAACAACGAAAUUAUCGAAAAUACGCAUCUUUCAAUGGGUAUUAUGGAAGAAGAAAACCCGAACAAGCAAAUAA